AUGUCCCACGUCCCCGAGAGACUCGGGAAGUUCCUUGAUCAACAGGAACAUCCUGGUGUGUUUCUCCCCAGGUCAGCGAUUAAGGUCCUUGAAAUUCAAGUUGAAGCUGUACCAGUCCUUGACCCCCGAACUGCUCGCGACCAGCGGCAGGGUUUCGAUGACGUCCGCUGCUUCCCACGAAUCGCACAAGCCAUCAAAGAACCCACAGGGCUCGUUGGGAUAUAUAUCGAAUGUGUGGUCCCUCGCAAGCUCGAUGUGUCGACUUCGAUCACUACCCUGGCAUCGCCAACUUCUUGGCCUCUCUUUCUGAAACUCAGAGCCAAAUGCCAGCUUUAUAUGCUGGUAAUGAAGGGCGAAGUUUCAUUAACGGGGCAUCUCAUACCUAGAAUCGAGGUGUUCGACAUCUGUCGUUAUGUGUUCUGCUUCUUACAGCAGUUGGUUCUUGUCAACAGAAUCAAGCAUAACAGCGUUGUCCAGAAUGGAGAUAAUGCUAUACUCACUCUUGCGCGGAUGGUGAAAUCUGACUUGCGCCAUCUCCGACGCUUUGCAUUUUCUUUCACGUCGGGAUUUGGUCGCACCGUUAUCUAUCGAGACGAAGACUACGACAACAUCAGCGACGUCUUCCUUAACGAUUACGGGGACCCGCAGAUCAAUUUCAUCAAGUCUCUGGUCGUCGACAUGAUGGGCCAUCUUCCCCAGCUCGAUGAGACGUGCAUUCUUCCCACCAGGCAGCACUUAUAUCAAGGAAACGAGUGCUGGGAGACGGUUUCAUCAACAGGGAGGAUCUGUAGUAUCUAG